ACAUGGGAAAUAUUGAAAAGCAUUGUGUAUGGUGGUCUGCUUGAAUCUAUAGCAAGCCUUGGCAUUGUGACAUCUUCAGCAAGUUCAGAUGCUACCACACUGAACAUUCUAGUUCUGUCUCUUGCAAACUUGAUUGGUGGACUUUUCAUCCUCGUUCAUAACAUCUGGGACUUGAAAUCUGAGCAACCAAGAACAAGCAAUGAAACAAAUGCACGUGUGGAUCGAUAUUAUCAGGUCUUGGGGAAGAGAGAACAUUUCUAUCUUCAUGUGUUCAUAGCCAUAUUAUCAUUCAUCAUAUUUGGGUUGGUGCCACCUGUGGUAUAUGCCUUCACAUUCACUGAGAGCAACAAUAAGGAUCUGAAGCUAGCAGCAGUUGCAGGAGCUUCUGCAAUUUGCAUCACUCUUCUUUCAAUUGGUAAGGCAUACAUCCAGAGGCCAAAUACAUAUCUCAAAACAGUGCUUCAUUAUCUCAGCACUGGGGCUUUGACUUCAGUAGUUUCUUACUUAGCUGGUGAACUAGUUAAGGAACUCAUUGAAAAGCUUGGAUGGUUUGACACCAAACGCUCGAGUUUUACCCUGCUUCUUCCUGAGAUGAGUGUAGAGAAACCCAGAUUUGGAUCUUACUAA